AUGAUGACGGUGAACUGGGCAGUAGCGAUAUCCCUUUUGGGUUUGUUGGUGACUUCGUGGUACUACGUAAACAUGCUAACGUUGACGCAACAGCUGCAGCAGGCAAACACGUUGAAUGCGAUGCAUGCCGAGUAUUCAUCAUCGAAGACGUUGGAAGCCCUGGAAAUCCUCGAGGAGUUCAUCGACGAACGAGGCGUUGUGAACUAUGCAUUCGACUUCUUAGAGUUGAGGAGGAAAAGGGACGCAAAGGGUCGGGCUAUCGAUCGCGCACGCCGCCAUCUGACACAAUGGUUUUCUCGUGUCCAGUAUUUCUAUGAAUUUGGGUAUUUGAAGCAUGAAUACAUUUUGCGCUUCCCGGGGCCUGAGCGGAGCCGCCACUUCCUGCACUUGAUUGAACCCUUAGAGUUCAUCAGCCGAAGAGCGACUGGCAGAAAGCACUCUGGCGUAUUCGACUUCCUCAGGGAAGUCUACCAAAUGCCCCAUGUCCGCCUCUCCGACGAAUUCAGGCAAACAGUUGAACAGAUGCUUCCAAUUCAAGGAGAGGACCAAACAUCAGAAGCUAUUCUGGAUGACGUGGGCGACGACCCGCUUUCGGAUGCAGAUGACAGGAAAAGGGAGGAAAUGUAG